AUGGACGUUUCGCUUCAAAAGUUUGACAAACAAGUUGGGGGAAGAACGACACUGUUCCAGAUUCUAGGAGAUCACCUUCUGAAGCCGACUUCGGCUUACGAAGUUGAAGCGUACUUGAAAAUGAACGAGUCGGUGAUGGAAGUCGCUCCACAGGUGUGCUACAUCUUCAAAGUGAGUGGACAUUACCCUAAUGCUAUUAAUAACUAAACUCCGUUUUCAGAACGGAAAAGUGAUUGAGCAGAACAAAUGCUUGAAUUGUUAUUCGCGCUCGCAGAUUUCAGCAAUUGGCUCACUUGCUGCACAGUUCCACGAGGGGUUAGUUUUUGUUGCGUUUUGCAUGCCUGAUAAGACGUCAAAAGAACAAAGAUAGUUUAAGGCGUUGCAGAUAUUACCUGAUAAUGCGAGACGCGACACAUGGUCUGACUCGACCCCGCGUGCUCGACAUCAAGUUGGGCACCAGGACCUACUCGGACCACAUCCCCGAGGAAAAGAAGAAGUCGCGGAUCCUUAAGUUGGCAAAGACAACUUCCAAGUCCUUGGGAUUACGACUCUCGGGCGCUGGCUACAUUCCACAAGGGCAUGAGCAAAAAAUAACAAUCACGAAGCCAACUGGUAAGGUUUUUAAAAUUAAAAUUGCGAUAGUGCCAAAAGGUCCGUAUGUUUCUAGGAAUGGCCAUGAACAAACACGAGUUCACCGAUACUAUGCGAGAGUUCUUCAAUGUUCCAUCCGAACACAAACAAGAAGUCAUCCGUCAGCUGCAGAAAAUCAAAAAAGCCGUGGAAGACUCGCCAAAUCUCCGUUUUUUCGGGAGCAGCCUUCUAGUGGUCAUCGAAAAAGAGAACAAGAUCGUUCAAAAAGCCGUCAAGGUCAAAUUGAUCGACUUUGCGAAUCAGGCAAGAUCCGAGCCUGGCCAGAUCCAGUACAUCGGCCUCGAUGACGGCGCGCUCUUCGGUGUGGACAACUUCAUCGACAUAAUUGGUUCAGUUUGA